UGUUCCUGCAGAUUGUCAGAGCUGUUCUUCAAUUGCUUGGCAAGGAGGGGUUUUCUCACGGCCUCCUUGGGCACUCUAAGCAUUAGAAAAUUAUGAAGUUGAUCUUCUGAGUUCCUACAAAUAAUAUAGGAGGCACAAUGGUCAGGUCCAAUGAGACCUCCCCCAUGAUGGGCUUCAUUCUCCUGGGCCUGUCAGCCCACCCCAAACUGGAGAAAACAUUCUUUGUGCUCAUCCUGCUGAUGUACCUGGUGAUUCUGUUGGGCAAUGGUGUCCUCAUCUUGGUGACCAUCCUUGACUCCCACCUGCACACACCCAUGUACUUCUUCCUGAGAAACCUCUCCUUCCUGGACAUUUGCUACACGACCUCUUCCGUCCCCCUCAUUCUUGACAGCUUCCUCACCCCCAGGAAGACCAUCCUCUUCUCAGCAUGUGCUGUGCAGAUGUUUCUCUCCUUUGCCAUGGGAGCCACAGAGUGUGUUCUCCUGAGCAUGAUGGCCUUUGAUCGCUAUGUGGCCAUCUGCAACCCCCUUAGGUACCCUGUGGUCAUGAGCAAGGCUGUCUAUGUGCCCAUGGCUGCAGGCUCCUGGGCAGCUGGUAGCAUCACCGCCACAGUGCAGACAUCCUUAGCAAUGCGACUGCCUUUUUGUGGAGACAAUGUCAUCAACCACUUCACCUGUGAGAUCCUGGCUGUCCUGAAGUUGGCCUGUGCUGACAUCUCCAUCAAUGUGAUCAGCAUGGGGGUGGCCAACGUGAUCUUCUUGGGAGUCCCAGUUCUGUUCAUCUCUUUCUCCUAUGUCUUCAUCCUUGCCACCAUCCUGAGGAUCCCCUCUGCUGAGGGGAGGAAAAAGGCCUUCUCCACCUGCUCUGCCCACCUCACAGUGGUGAUUGUCUUCUAUGGGACCAUCCUCUUCAUGUAUGGGAAGCCCAAGUCCAAGGACCCCCUGGGGGCCGACAAGCAGGACCUGGCAGACAAGCUCAUCUCGUUGUUUUAUGGGGUGGUGACCCCCAUGCUGAACCCUAUUAUUUACAGCCUGAGGAACAAGGACGUGAAGGCUGCUGUGAGGAACCUGGUAAGUCAGAAACACUUCACUCAGUGAUGGUGGGAUCUCAGUGAUUCUGUGUUCCCUGAGGCUUCCACAUGAGGGUCCCAGAGAAGGAGAUCACCACAUGAGAAGUAGCUUCAUCACUUAAGUAAAUCUCAUCACAUGAGAAGAUUCUGUGAGCAGAAGUUUUUAAUGGAACUUCUCCCACGUCAUUCUAGAAGCAGUUCCACAAAGGUUUGUAGUCGUUCAUACAUUGUCCUGGUUCUCACACUUUGUCAUGGAUACUAGUCAAAUUGAAAUCAAGGAAAACUGAUUCUUCAAAAAAAUUUUUUUUA